GCCUGGCUUCCCUUGGCAACCAUGAAUACACGCCACUGCGGAGCGAAUCUUGUAUGUAGGGCAGCGCAGGCAACGCCUCUUCAAAACAAAUUGUAACGUUAUAUAGGCUGUAGUGUAGUGCAUAGUGUAGCCCUUGCUAGGAGGACUUGAGAACUGCAGUUCAUUAUCGCAAUGUCAGUUGUUUCUGUGGAGGUGCGGCAGUUGUUGCCAUGACAGCAUAUAGUUGGCAAACUACCCUGUUGCCAUCAAUUAUUAGCAAUAGGCUACACAUUCAAACGCAUUGCUCUGGUCGUUUUUCAGCUGUCUUUCGUCUGUUUUGGAAUUAAAAGAACCGCAGUGACACCGAACGUUUUGUGGGAUGCUGCAUCAUGUUGCAACUUGCUGGUAGAACGGGGAACAUUUGAAAAAGUAGACCGCGCUGUCCGUGUUUGGAAAACGAUUGCAUGUAACGUUAAUCUUUCAUUCAUGUAAUCUUUCCUGACCUGAUACACUGUUGCUAGGACAGUAAGCAAAAGGGGAAAGCUUUACAGUAGGUUUAAGGCUAUGGGAGUGACACUACACUCACCCAAUUCUACAAAUAUCCACAGUCUUGAUUAAAACUAAAUACAAUGGGGACGUCUGGAACUGAUGCAGUCGCAUUCUCAGGGGAAGUGGAGGAGGAAGAAGAGGAGGAAUACUAUGAAGUUGAGCGUCUGCCUCCACUCCUUGAAGAUGAGGAGAACGUGUCCCUGGCGGAUAUCCUGUCGUUGCGGGACAUCUGUCUGACGGAGCAGGAGGUGUGGGCGGUGUGUGUGGAGUGUAUCCUGGCCUUGCAGAGUAUCGCCUCAUCACCCCUGUUCCACACCCUGUGCAUCACGCCCGACACCCUGGCCUUCAACGCCCAUGGCAACGUGUGCUUCAUGGAGCAGCUCAGUGAUGACCCUGAGGGCUCGUUUAUACCUCCAGAGUUUGACAAGACUGGCAGUACCUUUGAGGGACACGUGUACUCUCUGGGCUCCACCCUCUCUGCCGCGUUGGACUUUGUCAUUGAGCCAGAGCUGGAGGCAGAGCUGGGGGAGGAGAUUCAGAGACUGCUGGAGCAGAUGCAGGAGGAGGGGCCAGAGGACAGGCCACUCCCCCAGGACCUCCUCUCCCUUGCAGAGGAAAAGCUAGUAGAUACCUCUUCCACAGCCCUGUGCCGGAAACUCUCUUCUAUAGGACGAAGAGUUCUGUCAAUCGAAUCUGUCGCAACAUUUCAAGAUGGGUCUGAUGGCUCUUGGGAGGCUCGAUGGCAGCAGCCCAAACCCAACUGGCAGCUCCACAAGAGCAUCAACUCUGAGGACAGUAGCUCCAAAAACCAGGGCAUUGUCUCACAUACCACGGCAGAGAACCCGGACUUAAACGACUCCAACGGCCUGCUUCGGCAUCACGUAUGUGGAGCCUGGGACUCCACCCUUUGGGCUGACGGUAUGGGGGAUGUGGAAGACGAUGGAUGUGUCAGAGAGGAGGACAUGUUUGGUUCUCAGUUGGAUAGCAGAUCUCAGAAUAGUUCUCCUGUACACAGGAGGGCUCAGGAGAGGGCUGGGAGGGUGAGGGGGGUUCUGAAUCGUUCCUGCUCUGUCCCAGACUCCAAUAAUCCCCCCGCAUUCCCGCCCGCGCCCCAUGGCGAUAUCAGUGUCAAUGUAUCGGACCUCACGGAGAUAGGAGCUGAGGAAUGCAUGGGGCACGGGUCUGUUUGGAGCAAGAGAGGGGACAGAGAGAAGGCCCCUUAUGAGUGCAAUGACUCCGAGCAAUGGGACUCAGCGAGAGACAGUGAGACAUUAGAAGGGGAAAGAGAUUCUACCCUUCCCAUAUGUGGUGGUGAAACGGAUUCAGACAGUCAAAGUGGAACACGAGAUGAAACCUCUUCGUCCCGCCCAGCUCAAGACCCGGACGUGUUGGUCGACUCUGCUUGCAACAUGACUUCAACCUCCAACCUUUACACUCCCAAUAAUCACAUGACUAAAAGCAUGCUGUGCCUCAAUGAAGAAUCUCAGGAUGAGUGGAUCUCUCUGAGGGAUCUACUCACACGGAGUGGGCAGAGACUGUCUGUGAAUGAGCUAUGGGCCCUGUGUCAUACCUGCCUCUCCACACUGCAGACCUACUUAGACUACCCAGCAUACCUAUGCCUGGAUACAAUGUAUGUGGGUUGUGAGGGAGAAGUUCUCUUCUUGAAACCUAAAAACACAGGAUCCUGCGACGCAUUUUAUCUGGCUCCUGAAUUCCAGGAUCAUGGAAUCGUAACUGAAAAGGCCUGUGUUUAUGGGGUGGCUGCCAUCCUAUGGGCCACGGCCAAGUUCAACCUGUCAGCCAAUCAGAAGCUGGCUAUGCCCAGGAAGUUGAAGAUGCUGCUGCUGGAGAUGGCCAAGAGGACGCCCAUCGAGAGACCUUCCAUUGUCGUAGCUAAGAAGAGCUGUUGGGAUUAUCUAUCACGCCAAGGAACGAACGCUGAGACAGUGUGGACGAAGCUGAUCAACAGAGUCCACCCGCCACUCACAAAGGACAUUGACGCAGAGGAUCAGAAUGGAUUGAACAGUAGAGUAAGCUCAAGUCAGGAAUCAACACGUAUCAAGAGUGGGUUUGUGCCCAUGGCCACUGAGAGCCGAUUGGCUCCUGUACCUGGCCCUGUUCCCCAUAGCUAUCCAAUUAGUGGAGCCCCCCAGCUUCCAGAGGCCUUCACUUCCCUUGCCACACACUUCACCCCCAUCAUCCUGACCAGGGAGGGGGACACUGCGGAAACUCCCCUUCCUGCUUCAGACAUUCAGGAGGCUAUGCAAGAGGCCAAGGACCGAGAAACCCCCUCACACCUUGAGGACCUACCCCUACCUCAGUCAGAUAGAGACCUACAGGACGACGGACAGGACAGCCCUGCCAAUCAAAGGAGCGUGGUCACACAUAACCUUUCCUCCACUGCCUCUAGCGGCAGGACAUUGGUAAACUCUCCACCUCCCACCUCCCCCGAACUCAGCAACCAGAGGACUCCUGUUUCAGACCACCCACUCCCUCCUUCGACCACCCAAUUGACUUCGUCUUCCUCUUGCCAAUCGUCAUCCUGCUCUCAUCUGACUGGUGGUGUUUUCAACAACUUUCUAUUGCGUCAGGACCCUUUAACAGGGCACUUAACUCUGGUGCCAGUGCAGAUAACAGUCCCUGAGUCCCUCCAUGGUCUGGAGCUCAAUCUGCCCCUGACCUCAAGCUCCAGCUACCUCCAGGGUCAACCCACACAUCCACGGGGCCCUAGAGACCAUCUGACCCCUGGCCAGGGAGCUGAACCUCUUUUGGAAUGCCUUAAUGGCCGACCCUCGGACCCCACAGCGUCCAUGCCCCAUCCACACAAUGGAGAAGGAGGUCCAAGGACAGGAGAAGGUGAGGGUGAACACCUAUCAGAGUCCCAUGGACCUCCUCAGGCAGACUCACUUCCUCCCCCCUCCGCCCUGAUGAACACAUCCAUACAAGAGGUUAUUGGCCUGCUCAGGGCAGAGUUUGCCCUUGAUGGCUAUCUGGAGAAUGGUGUAGAGGAUCUAGCAAUGGGGGAGUAUUUCCUGUCUCUGAAGGAUCUACAGUACCAGACAUUCUGCAAUGUUGUGAAAGAGAAGUUCUGUGGCCUUUACUGGAAUGAGGACUUAUUGGGAGUGCUACAUUGUGUGGUCAACUACAGCCAAUUAUCUCUAGGCUCUAAUGAACAGUCUCCAUCAAAGCCAUGGCAAAGGGCAGCCACCUCACCCCUGAGUGCUGCCAGCUGUAGAGCGGAGGAGAUGGAGGCACUGCGGCGUGGUCAUGUCGACCUGAACGGCAACCUGCACCACAGUGGACCUGUAGCUUCAGGUGCGUGGGAGAGAUUUGAGAGACACCAGAGGACCCUGUCUGCAUACGGAGAAGAUACUGAAUCCGAGGAGGGUCAACAUCAUGGCUGCCCAGGAUUGAGAGCUGCUGAGUGUUUGGUUAAGGGGGCUAUGGAGAGUGCCGAGCAUCCAGUGGGGGGCGGCGAUGAAAGCCCCUCUGAAGCUGACUCUCUAUGGGGGACGGACGAGCCACUGAGGGUGGGCCACCGAGGCCAGAUGAGCCCUGACUGCUGCGAGGACAUGGAGGACACAGAAUCUCUGGUGUCUCAUUGUCUCCUCUCCCCCAGCUCAGGAGCAGAGGAGUCCAGCCACAGCCUCAGCCCAGCCUGGGCCCUGGCCUUCUAUGGAGGGGACUGUUUUAGUCAGGAUGUGGUGGAAUAUGCUAGGAACUUGGGACAGCAUAGUGAGUCCCCGUGCCUGGAGCUGAAAACACAGGAGCUUCAACAGCAGCUUAUGAUCGAGACGAAGAGUCUGAAAAAGACCAGACAUUUCUACCAAAAGCUGCUCCAUCAAGAGAGAAAAAACAAACGUUCGGAUGCUAGAUUGAUGCUGUCCAAACUCAAAGUCCAGCUUGAGGAGUUGAGGUCCAAAGUGGAGUUUCUAGACUCUAUAAAGAAAUAUCUGGAGGUUCUGAGUGUGGAUCAAUGGGGUGUGGAUGUGUCCCUCCUUCCCUCCCUGGCAGCCUCUGAUCCAGGGAGCCCUCUGAAUCUCCAGCCCUCAGAGGAUCCUGCCGUGUUAGGAUUGGUGUCUUUGUCUGGGGCAGGGACAGGGAAGAGCAGCCUACAGGCCGCCACACCCCUGGAUUUCAUGUCCUACCUCUAUGCCAGAAAUGCUCCAUUGGAAGGUUACAUCCAACAGUUCCUGUACACGUACCGCUAUUUCUGUACCCCUCAAGAACUCCUUCAGUUCCUGAUGGACAAAUUCACCAGUGCAGCAGCAGGAGGUGGUCCAGAUGGGUCAGGGGACAGUGCUAAGGUGUACCACCGGAGUCUGGACGUGCUGCAAACCUGGCUGACUGACUACAUAAUGGUGGACUUCAGCCCCAAGUCCAACCUGCUGAUGACCCUGGAAAACUUCCUCACCACUGAAGUGUCUCCAGUAGACAGUAGAGGAGAGAGGCUUUUGACCGCUCUUCAGAGGUCUCCCAGGAAGAGGUGGAGCCAAGGCUGUGGGAGCCCAAUCAGCAUGCAGGAGGAUGAUGGCGCACUGUCUGCCCAUACCUUAUGCAGAAAAUCAGCUAUUGAGUACUCUGGAAGGAAGAGCUUCCAGUGGAGGAUAUCCAGGGUGGUUGAGCCCCAGUCGACCCAGCCUAAAGACAAGGCCUACUCCAUAGCAGCAGCCCUGCCCCGGCCCGACUACACCUCCCUUAUGGAUGACAUCUCCAGUGCCUGCCUCAGAAGCGAGGAGAGACACCCUUUUAGUCAGAGUGAACACAGCGCCCAACACACGGCACAGCAACUCACUCUACUGCAGCAGGAAAUGUUUCAAGCCUGUCACCCAAUUCAUUUCCUCAACUCUAAAUCUCAAGGAGUCAGGGACAAAGCUGUUAGUGUCACCAAACAUGCGUCACACUCUGUUCCUCCAGUAGAGGGCAGCAGUCUAUUUGUUAAUGAAGGGACUCCACAUGACAGCCACCUCCAACAGCUACUGAGAUAUGCCGACAGCGUCUCCAAUUGGGUCUCUGCAGAAAUCGUCAUCUGUGAUUCGUUAAAGAUCCAAGCGGCUUUGCUCACCAAGUGUCUCCUAAUUGCCAAACACUGCUAUGAGUCAAGAGACUUUGCCACGGCAAUGCAGGUCCUUGGAGGCCUGGAGAAUGUGAUUGUCAGGCAAUUACCGGCUUGGAAACAUCUGUCUACCAAGGUGUGUGAGGUCCUUGAGGUUCUGCGAGCCGUGCAGGUCUUUCUGAAGAGUGAUAACCUGUGUCUGAUGGGAGGAGAGCAUGUGGGGAGGAGACCCACCCUCCCUGCUGUCCACAUCCUGGCCAUGCACAUCCAGCAGCUAGAGAUAGGAGCCUUCACUCUGACCAGUGGCGCCUACAAGUGGCCAAAACUCAGGACCAUAGCCAAGGUGGUGAGUCAAGUGCAUGCAUUCCAGGAGACGGUGUACUCCUUCACGCCUGACCCGGGGCUGCAGGCCUACAUAAGACUAAGAAUAGCCCAGCUCAGCGGCUGUGACAUCCCUCUGCUGGCUGCAGACAACGAGGCCAACUUCUACCACAACCCCGCUGACCGACACACCCGCAGGAUCCAGGACACACUGAAGAGGGUGAAGGCCACCUUCCAGUGACCCACAUCCUUGCUGAUCAAUUUGGUCUAUUAAGUGAUAAUGAAUAUGAUUAUAUGGACAGAGAGGACCUAUUCCUAGCCCUGGUCAGACAACGACUCAACUCCAUCCCCUCCACACCCCACUGGGUUCCAUUAGUAGCAGGGACUGGGUGGGUGUCUGGGAAAACUGUUCAUUUUUCUCUCUUUAUUGGUAAUAACUUUUUUUGUAAGAAUCCAGCUCAACCUCCCACAUUGCACCCCAUAGCCUGACAACCCACCGGCGCACAUCCAACUCCUUGAUUCUCUCCAAAGCGGGCUACAAUGUCAGGUGAAACGUUGAAUGUUUUUUGUUGUGGUUGAUAUUGGGAUGAGGAGAGUAGAAAACAGUAUGGGACUUUUAAAAAUCCUUCUGGUGGAUGCAUAUGGAUGCUCGCGUUUCUCUUACGCGAAUUUUGAUCGCUAGUCUCCUGAGACAACAUAAUGAUGAUAAUGUGCAACAAUGUUUCAUAACGAGUUGACUUAAUGUCUUUAAUUCACUGAGUGUACUCAUGUAUUAUAGCUCAAUUAGAUAUUUUGAUACAACCACAGAUAGCUAAUGACCAUUUUCAUCCCUCCGGAGCACAAUUUUAAAUACAUUGCCAAUGGCCUAUUUGACAUGAUAAUUACAGCAUUUCAAGAUACAAAAAAAAUAUCAAAAUCAUGAUGUAUUAUGCUAUUACGACUAAAUGAUUUCAAAUACCUGAAUGAUUGCUAUAGUUCCAUACACUAACUGUUUUGUAAACAAACGUUAAUGUUGCAAUGUAACUACGGUGUAUAUAGGCAACAAAUUGUUGCAUAGUCCAUACUUGCAAAAGUGAAAUUUGAUUAUUUUCUAAACAUGUGAUUUGCAAACUAUUUGAAACAACUACAAUAAAUAUUUUAACAGAU